AUGGAGCCGAUCAGCGUGGGCACGCGCCGCCUCGCCAGGAGGUGUGUUCAGUGCGCACACUUGGUGCUCCGUGGCCACUCCGUGCCACGAUAUGAUGUAGCCUACAACUUCCACUCACAAACCAAGAGGUCCAAGCCAAAGUGGGGGGAAAAAGGAGCAAUGGGUCGCGAGAGUGCCGCAACGUGGCUCCUUCGGGCGCUCGCGCUGUCGCUGCUUUGCGCGCGCUCGCGCGGGCAGGUGUUCAACCUGACGCUGUCCGUCAAAGAGGGCCUGCCCGCUAAGACCAUCGUUGGAGAUCUGGGAGCCGGGUUAAGCAGGCCGAGCACUGGGUUCUUCAUCUCGGAGAGCAGAGACUCGUACGUGUUCAGGGACUUGGAAAUAGACGCCGACACGGGGAUCAUCUCCACGGCUGUGAUCCUGGACAGAGAGAGCAGAGAUCGAUACGAGUUUGUCGCAGCCACUCUCACCGGGGAGGUGAUACGAGUGCAACUGGAGGUGGAGGACGUGAACGACCACUCGCCCGUGUUUCCCUCGGAGGUGGUUGACUUGGAAGUCUCCGAACUGAGCCCCUCGGGGAGUCGGUUCCAGCUCGAGGGUGCUAAAGACGAAGAUGAGGGUGAGUUCGGUACCCGGGGUUACAGGAUCACGGAGAGCGAGAUGCGGGAGUUGUUCCACCUGGAGUAUCGCAGUGGAUCUGAGGACCACCCGAACCUGGAUCUCAUCCUCACUAACAGACUAGACAGAGAAACGCGGGACCUCUACUCCCUCGCCAUUGAGGCCUUUGAUGGCGGCGUCCCGGCCAGGACGGGGACCCUUCAGGUGAACGUCCACGUCCUGGAUGAGAACGACAACGCCCCCGUGUUCAACCAGACUGAAUAUCACGCCUCGCUGCCCGAGGAUGCUCCGGCGAUGUCUGCCGUGUGCCAGGUCCACGCCACCGACCUCGACCUGGGCGACAACGGCAGGGUCGCCUAUGAGAUCAACCGGCGGCAGAGUGACCCAAACGAGGUGUUCUCCAUCAACGCCACCAGCGGGGUGGUGUAUCUCAACAAGCCGCUCGAUUACGAGACUCAGGCCUUUCACGAGCUGAUCGUCAGCGCCAGAGACGGCGGCGCUCAGCCCGAGUACAGCAGCACGUUUGUGGUCGUGAAGGUGCUCAACAUCAACGAUAACAGCCCCGUCAUCAGCGUGCUGUUUCUCAGCGAGACGGGCGACGCCGUGGUGUCCGAGGCCGCGGCGGUCGGGGACUACGUCGCCCGGAUUUCCGUGUCGGACCCCGAUUUUAAGGAGCAGAGGGUCGCCGUCACGCUUGCGGAGGGCGAUGGGAAGUUCACUCUGACGCAAACGGAUGAUUUUCUGUACGCGUUGUGUGUCCACGCGGCGCUCGACAGGGAAGAACAGGAUCUGUACGAGUUGAAGGUGCAAGCAUCAGAUUUCGGGAGCCCACCUCUGAGCAGUGAGACGGUGCUCCUCCUGAGGGUGACCGACGCCAACGAUUGCCACCCGGCGUUCGAGAAGGACGCGUACAUCGUCAGCGUUUCCGAGGACGCCCCUCCGGGGAGUUCCCUCAUCCAGAUGAGGACCCGAGACGCCGACGAGGGAGUCAACUCGGACGUCAGAUACUCCAUCCCCAAGUCCAACUGGGGCGGCCUGGUCAGCAUCGACCCGGAGUCGGGCCUGGUCACCACGGCUGCAGCUCUGGACAGAGAGACGCAGGCGGAGGUUCGGUUCCUGGUGGUGGCGGCCGAUGGAGGGGAACCGGCUCUGUCAUCCACGGCGACGGUCACCGUGCUGGUGGAGGACGUCAACGACAACGAGCCUGUGUUCCAGCAGCAGCUGUACAACGUGUCCGUGCCGGAGCACAGUGACGUCGGGAGCUGCUUCUUACAAGUCGUGGCCACGGACGCCGACGGGCCCGAGUUCGGCUCGCUGCUCUACUCUCUGUCUGACGGCUUCGACAUGCAGGACCAGCACCCUUUCUUCAAAAUCCACCCCCGGACCGGAGAGCUGUGCGUCUCUCAGGACAUCGACCGAGACUCGGGGCCGACGGUCCACGACAUUCUGAUCAAGGCUGAAGAUCCAGGAGGCCUGAGCGCUCAGACCUACGUGCACAUCGAGGUGGAAGACCUGAACGAUAACGCUCCGGUGUUCAACCCGGACGAGUACGCCGUGAGCGUCAGCAGCCACGCGCAGCCCGGCACGGAGAUCCUCAACGUCAUCGCCACCGACCGGGACUCUGGCGGCUUUGGGCGGGUCUCGUACGACGUCCUCCCCGGGCACAUGUCCGAUUUGUUCACGCUGGAUAAACAAACAGGAAUGCUCCUGCUGACCUCCACUCUGACCCACCUGGGUGCGGCCAGUGUGAAGCUCUUAAUAACAGCACAGGAUGGGGAGGGCUUGACCUCAGUCAGGCCCGCGGAGGUCACGGUCCAUGUGUUACGCAGCGCCCAGGCUCCGGCCGUGUUCAAGAGGUCUCGCUACACCUUCACGGUGCCCGAGGACGCACCGCCGGGGACUCCCGUGGGGGCAGUGGAGGCCAUAAACCCGGCGGACUCAGAAUCAGUGUCCUACCGGAUCUCGUCUGGAGACCCUCAGGGUUUGUUCUCCGUUCACCCGAAGUCCGGCCUGAUCAGCAACGUCAACCCUCUGGACCACGAGUCCCAGCCGUACGCCCUGCUGGUCCUUCAGUCCUACACGGACACCUCUCCGGUUUACAGCACCACGCAGGUCAACGUCACCAUCGCCGACAUCAACGACAACGCUCCCGUCUUCCCCAAACCCGGCGACGCCAUCACGGUGUCUCAAAACACCCUCCCGGGCACAGUGUUGUUCAUCGCUCACGCACACGACCACGACAGCGGCGCCAACGGGAGGGUGCAGUAUCACCUGAAAAGCACCAGUAACGGGAUGUUUGCCGUCGACCGCGACCGCGGGACGGUCACGUUGAUCCAGAGUUUACGGGCGGGUCAUCAGCAGAGGUACGGCCUGGAAAUCGUGGCGAAAGAUGAAGGGGAACUCUCCCUGAGCGCCACGCUGACCCUCGCGGUCGACGUGGACCGCACCGCCGGCGAAGACAGCCUGGCCUUCGAGACGUUGGUCUACCAGGUGGAGAUAGGAGAGGGCUACAGGAAAGAUUCCAGGGUCAUCCAGGUGAGGGCGCACCGCAGCCGGGGAGCUCACCUGUCGAACUCGGGUCUCACCUACUCCCUGGAGACGGAGGCCGGGUUCCCCGCCGCUCCGUUUCGGGUUCACCCAAACACCGGCUGGUUGUUUCUCUCCCACAAUCUGGACUUCGAGACGGAAUCCACGUUUCGUUUCCGAGUGUCGGCCGCGGCCGCGGAGGCCUCGCUGGCGAACACGACGGCGACAGCCACGGUGAUAGUGCUGGUGCUGGACGUCAACGACAACCCGCCGGUGUUCGGCAGCGAGGUCUACUACUUCACCGUGUCGGAGGGGGCGUCGCCUCGAGGCCUGGUGGGAACAGUCAAGGCCGUGGAUGAGGAUUCUGGGAAAAACGCCCAGCUGUCCUACAUCCUGCUCACAGAUGGGAAGUUCUUUCGCAUCAACGCGAAAACAGGUGAAAUCAUCAACUGGGUGGCUUUGGACCGGGAGCAGCACGGCCAGCACCGCCUGAAGGUGAUGGUUACGGACCAGGGCCACCCUCGCCUCAACGCCACCGCCACCGCUCACAUCCUGGUCACGGACAUCAACGACAACACCCCCCAGUUUACUCACCUGCCUGCCAGCAAGGAGCUCAACGUGCAGAUAUGGGCUGGUCUCCCGGCGGGCUCCUUGGUGACCAACAUGUUUGCCAAAGAUUUAGACGCAGGAGAAAAUGGAACAGUCACACUCUCUAUGGCCACAGCCGAGUUGCAGGUCGAGGGUUUUGGACACUUUGAGAUUGACAGUGAAAGUGGAGACAUCCGAACGACGGAGCUGUUCACCGAGAACAGCGAGCCGCUCUACACUCUGACGGUGACGGCCAAGGACGGCGGAGUCCCGCCUCUGGAGGACACUGCAGUCAUUCAUGUACAGGUCCAUGGAUUGGAGGCUCUGUACGGCCACGCCGAACACCAAAUCAUGAGGCGCUUCACGGCCAAAGAGGACACCGAGCCAGCGACCGUCAUCGGCUCUGCCGCUGUUUCAUACAAAGGCAGAGUCCACUAUUCCGUCUCCGAGGGCGACGGGAGCGUUCACUUCGGCAUCGACGGCUCCUCCGGGGACAUUUACAUCAACCAGCCGCUGGACUACGAGUCGGCCAUGCAGUACCUCCUCAUGGUGCGGGCCGAAGACGCCGGACUCUCCCCCGGGGCGAACGUGUCAGUGCUGGUCAGUGUGAUGGUGGAGGACGUCAACGACCACACGCCCUGGUUUCCUGACAAACUGGUGACGUUCGGCCUGUGGGAGGACGCCGCGGUCGGCUCGCUGGCGUUCGCUUUCCACGCCCGGGACGCCGAUGGGACUUUCUCUAACAGUGACCUCCGCUACUCCCUGACUUUGGACCCCGAACUGAGCGGGUCUUCCUCCUCACGCUUCCCGUUUCAGAUCAACCCUCACACGGGGAGCCUGACCAUAACGGCACCUCUGGACCGCGAGACCGACCCCAGCUUCGCCUUCACCGUGACGGCCACGGACCAGGCGAAGAGGAUGGAGGAGCGGAGACGGGCGUCGGUGACGGCUCAGGUGUUCCUGCUGGACGUGAACGAUAACAGGCCGGUGUUUGUGUCGGCGGACGCAGUCCAGGUGAUGGAGGAUGCAGAGGUGGGGAGUCUGCUGCAUCAUUUUGUGGCCAUAGAUGGAGAUCUCGGGGAAAACGGGGUGGUCUCCUACGUCAUCAUGGCUGGAAACAAGAAUGGACUCUUCACACUGGAGGGGAAAACAGGCCUCUUGUGUCUCUCGGCCCCUCUGGACUACGAGACGCACCGGUUCCACCGCCUGACCGUCCGUGCAGUCGACCGCGGCCGGCCCUCGCUCUCCUCCACCCAGACUCUGACGGUGGAGGUGGGGGAUGUGAAUGACCAGACACCUGUCUUCAGUCAGAGCGUCUACAACGCCAGUGUGGCGGAGAACAGAGACCCCGGAGAACCAGUGAUCCGGGUCUCCGCCACUGACGAUGAUUCAGAGGAGAACGCCGUGGUGUGGUACAGUCUGCUGCCCGGCGCCGGCUACGAGCUCUUCAGCAUCAACCCUUACACCGGUCUGAUCACCACCACCUCCUACCUGGACCGAGAGCAGCAGCAUCACUUCACUCUCAGAGUCCAGGCUCGUGACAGCAGCACGCGGCCUCUGUCGGGCACGGCCACGGUGCUCUGCUCGGUGCUGGAUGACAACGACAACCCUCCGGAUUUCAUGCAGUCCUCCUUCCAGAUCAGCCUGCCAGAAAACCUUCCUCCAGGGGUGGUCCACACUGCUCAGGCAUCUGAUCCGGAUCACGGAGAAAAUGGAACCAUACACUACUCCAUUUUAGAUGAGGACUACAGAGGUCGCUUCACCAUCAACAGCCACACCGGUGCCGUCAGCACCACGCAAGUCCUCGACCGCGAGGAAAGGCAGAAUUACACACUCACCAUACAGGCCCGGGACUAUGGCCCCACCCCGCUCAGCUCCUCCACCCAACUCCAGCUGCUGCUGCUGGACCAGAACGAUAACGCUCCCUCCUUCGCCCGUAAGAGCUACCACGCCUCCGUCAGCGAGGGCCUACCUGCAGGCGCCGAGGUCCUGCGUGUUAGCGCCUUUGAUCCUGACGAGGGGUCCAACGGGGACCUGACCUACUCUCUGACAGAGGACAGCAGCCAGGGGGCCUUCUCGGUGGACGCUUUCACGGGAGUGAUCCGCACCACCAGGUCUCUGGACCGAGAGAGUCGGGCGCAGUACACCCUCAGAGCCGUGGCCGCCGACGGCUGCACCCAAGGGCCCCUGAGCUCCGCGGCGUCGCUGACCAUCCAGGUGGAGGACGUGAACGACAACGCGCCGGUGUGCGAGCAGAAUCCCGUCAACGCGUGGGUUUCCAUGAGGACUCUACCCAACCAGAUAGUGACCACGGUGGCGGCGACCGACGCCGACCAGGGGGACAACGGCACCGUACGGUUCACGCUGUCUGACGAGGAAAACCUGUUCGACAUCAACGGCGAGUCGGGAGAGAUUUCCCUGAGGAGACGAGUGAGAGCGGGUUUCUCCGGGAGGAAGCUGCAGGUUGUGGUUUCAGACGACGGACAACCUGUCUUAACCUCCACCUGUCUGGUCUUCAUCCAUCUGAAGGGAGAGCACGAAGGGCUACAGUUCACCAACAAAGUGUACAACGCUACCGUGAAGGAGAACAGCAGAGCCGGCACUUGGAUUACAAAAGUGGAGGCCAGCGACCAAACCAACAGCAGACAAAGGAUCACCUACACCAUAUUUAAUGGCAACGAGAACCAUAUUUUCUCCAUCAACCGGCACACGGGUGAGAUCCGUGUGCAGAAGGAUAACUCUCUGGACUAUGAGGCGAGCCCUCAGAUCCAACUGGUGGUGCUGGCUGACAACGGGCUGCAGACGGCUCACUGCCAGGCCUCCAUCAGCCUGCUGGAUAUCAAUGACAACGCGCCGGUGUUCGAACACAGCAACUACAGAACAGCUGUCUGGGAGGGGCAAGUGCACAACACCUACAUCAUGCAGGUGUUUGCGUCUGAUGCCGACUGCGGGAUGAACGGGCAGAUCGAGUACUCCAUCGUGUCCGGUAACAACAACGAAGCAUUCGUCGUGGACUCUGUUCGCGGGAUUCUCGCCACCAAAGUCUUACUGGACCGCGAGAUCACGCCCUCGUACAAGCUGGUUCUGCAGGCAGCAGACAGGGGGAACCCUCCUCUCAGCAGCACCGCCACCUUCAGGGUCCAAGUGGUGGACGUCAAUGACAACAGCCCUGCCAUCCCCCCCAUGGAGCCUGUGGUCAUAGCAGAGAACCUGCCGGCAGGUUACAUGGUCACCCAGGUGACUGCGAACGACGUAGACCUCAGCUCAACCAUCACCUACAGCUUUUCAGACAACAGUAGCACCAACUUUCCCUUUGCUAUCGACCGAUACACUGGCGUGGUCACCCUGACUCGAGCCCUGGACUACGAGGAGCAGACAGAGUACACGUUGGCAGUCUGGGCGUCUGAUUCCCUCCACCAGACGACCGGAGAGGUCAAAGUUCAAGUGCUUGACGUCAAUGACAACGCCCCAGUGUUCACCAAGGUCUCUUACCAGGUUGAGUUGUCGGAGUUGGUUUCAGCGGACACGUUGGUUCUGUCCGUGUCCGCCAGCGACAGCGACUCUGGACUCAAUGGGAAGAUCACCUACAGACUGCUUUCAUCUCCUUUACAAGGCUUUUACAUCAAGCCAGACGACGGGUCUGUUUUUACCAAUAAGCCCCUGAAGGCCAUCACAAACAGCAACCUGAUCCAUCUUCUGGUCGAGGCCCGAGACGAAGGCGAACCUGUGCAGUCCACUGUCACCGCGAUAGACGUGCUGGUUCUGGACUCCAACGACCACGCGCCUUUGUUCCACCAGGACAUCUACACGCUCACCGUCCCAGAGGACACGCCCACGGACACCACCCUGCUGACGCUGUCUGCAGAGGAUCAAGACUGGAGCCCUGAAAACACCCACUUGGACUACGGCAUACUCAACGGAAAUGAGGAAAAGCGAUUUUGUCUGGAAGUGAAAAUGGUUCAGGUUGAGAAUCAGAUGAGAAAUGUAGGAAAACUUGUUCUGUGUAACCCUUUAGACCGCGAGACCACGGAGAGCUACGCGCUAACAGUGAGCGUGUCUGAUCGAGGAAUGCCUCCACUGAACAGCUCUGCUGUUGUCAUGGUUACUGUGACAGACUGCAAUGACAAUGCCCCCGUUUUUUCCAGCACAGGAUACCAUGCUCAGGUGAGUGAAAACAGCCAUGUAGGUACCAGGCUGGUCCAGGUCAGUGCUCGGGACCUCGACCAGGGAACUAACGGCCUGCUGCGGUACGACAUUAUCUCAGGGAACAGCAAAGGUCACCUUAAGCUCAACCGUCAAUCGGGCCUUCUGGUGGUGAACCACUCGCUCGACUAUGAGGAAGACUCAAAGUACACCCUCACCAUCCGAGCAUCUGAUGGUGUUGAAUCAUCUGAACAACGUAAAGUGUCUUUCGCAGUGGUCUUCAUCACAGUGUUGGAUGAAAAUGACCACACGCCAUACUUCAUGUUCCCAACUGUUAACUGUUCCGUGCUGGAGAACCUCCCAGUGUUUACCCAAACCUGUUCUGUCCAUGCUGUCGACAACGACUUAGGCCUCUACGGCCAGCUCUCCUACUCUGUUGUGUCCUCCUGCUUCAUGGACUAUGGCAGUGGCAACCCUGAGAAGAAGGAGGCCUUUGCCAUUGACCCCUUAACAGGCGACAUUCACACCAGACAGACCUUUGAUUACGAACGUGAGAGUGAGUACUGCUUUGUGGUGGAGGCCAGGGACAAAGGUGACAAAGCGGCUACAGUGAGAGUGCAGGUGACCAUCAAGGGAGUGGAUGAGUUCAGUCCCGUCUUCACCCAAAAGCAGUACCAUUUCCUCCUGCCGGAAAACGCCAAGCCUGGAGAGACAGUUGGUUACGUGAUGGCGAUGGACCAUGAUGGAGGGGUGGAUGGGCUGGUGGAGUACUCCCUUGUAAGGUCAUCACCAUUCUUCUCAAUUAACAAAACAAUUGGGGCCAUUUUCGUGUCGGGUCCUGUAUAUCGCAGAAGAGGCAGCCAUGCCGGUGAGGACAUGGUGGAACUGGUUGUGUCUGCAGCUAGUCCCAGAUUGGCCUCCAGGACCACCGCCUGCCUAGUUUUCGUCAAUAUCUCCAGCUCAGCAGAAGCACUUACCGGAGUCCAUCUUGAUGCGCACAUGCUCAGCUUGAGUGUCUCAGUAAUCAUGUUCCUCCUUGUCCUCCUCAUUUUUGUGGGCUUGGUUCUCAGGUACAAAAUCAAGGAAGCGGCAAUCAAAAAGGCUGCUGCAAUUGCCGCAAACUCGAACCACGACACAGGCUCAGUCGGUAGUUCCGGUAGGCAAAGUGCGAUCUCUCUGCAGGAGAUGAAACAGCCCCCCAUCAUGGUGACCAACAGGGAUGUAUCGAACCCAUACAUCCAGUCAGACUCGAGCGGCCGUGGAUCGGCAGAAGGUGAGACAGCUGAGGACCAGGAGAUUAAGUGGAUUAAUCAGUACCCCUGCCGUAAAAGAGACCAAUCUGUGCAAGGCAACCAGGCCACCGAGCUCCCAGACUCUGCUCUACCUUUGGACAAUAUCUCCUGCCACUCUGUCGAUGUGGGGCAGGAGGACAUUUUAUCUGUCAAAAAACGUUUAGUCACAGGGAUGGCCAGCACCGAAAGUCUCCAUCACUUCAAAGAGGAGGGAGGCGGUGAAGGGCUACUUCCUGCAAUACUCCGGGUGAGGGAUUUGGAGGAGAGCAUGAGGACAAAUGGGUACGCUCCUCUCUCGGAAGCCCACGCCUGUGCAGACUCUCUCUCUUCACUAAUGUGUCUUGAGGAACAGAUGCACGGCAGCUACACCUGGGAUUAUGUUUUGGACUGGGAGCCAAGCUUCCAGCCUCUGGCCUCGGUUUUCACGGAUAUCGGGAUGCUCCCUGACGAGAAGCUUCAAGGCGGCCGCGAGGACUUGGCAGAAGAAGCUAGCUGUGCCAUGUACCCACCGCCUCUCAUCACAGGAGUAGCUCAGCCUGGCAUAAGGACUGUACCGCCACGAAAACAUGGGCGCAUGCCGAGUCUGAGAAGGAAGCCAUCUUACCCCAAAUAUGCGUAUUCCCCCUUAGCCAGGAACACAGGACUUACCCCUUCGGCCAUGACGCCCACUUUCUCCCCAUCGCUGUCCUCUCUCACCAUGAGGACCCCCAGUGCCUCACCAGUUGUCUCUGAAACCGGGGUGGGGGGUAUCAGACUUGAUUCAGGACCCCUCACUGCAAGCCUAUUAGAGGCAGAGAUCCAGGUAUAG